UGUAUAUAUAUAUCACAUCAUCAUUAUAAAGAAUAUAAGAGAGAAGUAAAAGUAUGAUAGCAUGUACUUACAAAGCUCAAUAUUAGUAACAAGCAUCUAAUCUUAUUUGGCUUCUCUAUAAAAACCCUAGCAACCCCUUUAUCUUAUUAACUCUUCAUCUCUCUCUAUCUUCCAUCUUUUUCUCUCUUUCUUUCAUUUCUCUCUCUCUUUGAGGAGAGAUAUUAUAGAAAAAAAUAUGGAUAAAAGAGCAUGCAACAAUAAUAAUAAUAAUAAUUCACCACAAGAUGUGGAGGUUAGAAAAGGGCCAUGGACUAUGGAAGAAGAUUUGAUUCUCAUCAACUACAUAGCCAAUCAUGGUGAAGGUGUUUGGAACUCUCUUGCUAAAUCUGCUGGUCUAAAACGUACCGGGAAGAGUUGUCGACUCCGGUGGCUGAACUACCUACGUCCCGAUGUCCGACGAGGCAACAUCACCCCGGAGGAACAACUGUUGAUUAUGGAACUGCAUGCAAAAUGGGGAAACAAGUGGUCAAAAAUAGCAAAGCAUCUUCCGGGAAGGACCGAUAACGAGAUAAAAAACUAUUGGAGGACGAGAAUUCAAAAACACAUAAAGCAAUCCCAUGUGUUCCACACUCCAAGCAGCACAAAUAUAUUACUAUCUCAAGAUCAUCAAAUAAAUGAACAAGCUGCAAGUUCAAGUAGUUGCCAAAUUUCAUACACAAUGGAUCCAAUGGAAACCUAUUCUCCUCCAACAUACUCUCAAAACAUUGAUGCUUUUUCAGUGCCUUUGCCCCCAACUGAUAAUUCCAAUGACAAUUAUUGGAGCAUGGAGGAUCUCUGGUCUAUGCAACUUCUCAAUGCUGAAUAAAAUCAAAUAAAUUAA